AUGUGUUGUCGUAUUUUGAUAGGAAGACCUGAAACAACUGGAGAGAUCAUGAAAUCUAUUAUGGCUAUUUUAAUCUAUCGGAAAAGUAUUGAUGAUCUCAAGAAUCAUGCCAGUGAUCCUGCUAAUUUUGCUGACCACCUAUACCAGCCAGAGAAAGAUGCAAAUGGCGAGAGAGUACAUCAUCGUAAGGAUCACAACCAUCUGCUGAAGCGCAUAGUUUUAAGGCAUCGAGAAGGGCACAUCCCAGGCUUAGACCUACGACACCUCAGAGAUGCCCUGCAUGAUCCUUCAACCGGUUUGACAUACGAGGCACUAAUAGGAAAGAACAAGCAGUCUGUGCCAGAUUGUGAGCGUCUCAUAAGUCCUGGUGUUAUUUCUUUUCCGGAACGGAAAGGUCACACGACUGAUGCAUGCAUCAUAAAGCGUCUACACAACUGGCAGAAAGCAGUGGAUGGACGGGGGUUAUCAGGAAUGCAGAGGUCUGCCUAUUGUAAGGAGAUGAAGGACUGGCUAUUAUACCACCAUUUAUGUCAAUAGGUAAUUAUAUAUAUAUAUAUAUAUAUAUAUAUAUAUAUAUAUAUAUAUAUAUAUAUAUAUAUAUAUAUAUAUAUAUAUAUAUAUAUAUAUAUAUAUGUAUAUAUACAUAAGAUUUUCAUGGUCUAUAAUCAAUUAGCCUUUCUCACGCCGUCAUUUUUGGGUGGCAUUUCAGCCAAAGUCAGUAAGAUACGUGGACAUAACAGUGACUUCUUAUAAUUUUUUUGACGAAUGAUGGUAGAUUUGCUUUGUAAAUAGUUAGUUUAUUUUGAAAAAGUGCUUUUCACAUUGUUUUGAUUGUCUGCAUUGGUUAACGAGAAUUAGAUGCCACCAAAAAUGGCGGAUAUUCGUCUUCGUGAGAAAGGCUAAUUUUUUGUUUUAGAGAAAAAAGAUUCACUGCGUAAUAUGCUGUUUAAUACUUAUAACUAGAAGAAUUAAAGGCAUAUGUGGUCUGACUCAAGAGAUUAUAAUUGGCCUUGUAGCCAAUCUGGAGAGUAGAGAGCAGUGGCGUGUAGAGUAUGAGGAUCGAGGUCUUCCCCCAGAGCACCCUCGGGCAUCAGGGUCAGAUGAUGUUGAAGGAAUUAUUGCUCUCAUGCACGAGAUGCUUGGUGAUAUACUCGACAUGAAGCAAUUCAUUGAUGCCAAAAGGAAGAUUUUUAAUGAAUUCACAAAGCGAAUUGACCAGGAUUUAAAAUUCUUCUAUUGGUCUGGAACCAAGGAACGGUACACAGAUUUCGAAUUGCCCUCAUUUAAUCAGCCAUCUAAUGGAACUGGCAAAGAGAGACUAGACGAUGUAAACCUGUCACGACGAGGUGACCCAGGGGUGUUCGUAGCGAACAGGGCAUCCUUGCCGCAAAGGGGACAGCUCACGGCAAGGGAAAAGUUUCAUCGGGAUCCUGUGGAACUGCCACCAGUGCAGCGGUUAACUUAA